CCCAUUCCCCAUUCCCCCCGUCCGUCUUGUCGCCUCAAGCUUCCGCCCGCCGAACAUACAGCAGUACAGAGUACUCCGUACUAAAGUUAUAUAUCCCGAUUCCAACCACUACCACUACCUUAUCUCCCUCUCUAUUCUCUAUUCUCCAUUGCCCCAGACCAGUCCCCUUCCAAUUCACUCAAUCCCCUCUUUUCAUCAAGCAAUAAUAUAUAUAAGCUUCCAAGCUUCACCUUGACAUCACUAGCAAAUUCCGCCAAAACAACCCGCCCCGCCCGCCCGCCCCCAGCACAAUCCUUUCUUCGCGAUAUCCCUCGUCGAUUCCCUCGCGCGCCCGGCCCACCCGAGAAUCAACAACAAAGCUACGAGAACAUAAGCUGGACGGACAUAUUAAUUAUUACAAUCGCAGAGCGGGCUACAUAAUAACCGAGAAAAUUUUUUUUUUUUCAUCUCCCCUCCUUCGCUACCUUCAACCCGCAUCGAACAUAACAUAUAAUCGCAAUUGGAGAACAAAAAACCACACUCCCCUCCUGCGUCAUUCCGCGCGCGCUACCCUCCUCCUCCUCUCACGCAAAAAUAGGACACAACAACAAACUCAAAACACACCAAACACCUUGAUCCCAGCACAGAGAGAGGCUACCCUACCCCUACGUUACACUCCGUCCAUUAAUAUUAUUAUUCACCUAAUAAUACCAACCCUCCUCCCGAUUAUGGCCGCCUAAAAGCCCAGGCCCCGCGACAAAAACACAAACAAAAAAAACAAACAAAAAACAAAAAAAAAACAAAACAUCGCAGAAUAUAAAAACAAAAAUACAUACACACACACCCCACAUCGAUUCUUAUCCUCCCCCUCCUCCUACCCCCCAUCCACAAAGGAAUGCUUUUGCGACUAUCCACCAGCCUCCACUACCCCAUCACCGUCACCGAGCUGUUGAAGCGCCCUGGCGACACUAUCCAGCAAGGCGAGGCUAUCUUCGCAUACUACUACCGCACAACGGUGACGGAGGGUGACGGGUUGGGAAACAAGCAUGAUGUGCUCAAGACUUUUCCGACGAGGUUUGAGUCAGCGGUCGAUGGGGAAUUGGUGGCUUGGAAGGUUAGAGAAGGUGCGGUGAUUGAGGGGCCGAUUGAUAUUGCGGAGAUCCAUGAGCCGUGUUCACAUGAGGUUCAGUUUGGGGGGAUGUGUGCGAAUUGUGGGAAGGAUAUGACUGAGUUUAACUAUAACACCGAAGUUUUGGAUUCAUCUCGCGCCCCGAUCCGUAUGGUGCACGAUAACUCUGCUUUAACAGUCAGCGAGAACGAAGCGACGCGCGUGGAAGAGGACGCGAAACGCCGCCUGCUCUCAUCGAGGCGAUUAUCCCUCGUUGUCGACUUGGACCAGACCAUCAUUCACGCAACGGUAGAUCCUACGGUGGCGGAGUGGCAACAAGACAAAGAUAACCCGAAUCAUGAAGCGGUCAAGGACGUACGUGCUUUCCAACUUGUAGACGAUGGACCUGGCAUGCGAGGUUGUUGGUACUACAUCAAACUACGGCCCGGGCUAGAAGAGUUCCUACGGGAAAUUUCCACAUUGUUCGAACUACACAUCUACACAAUGGGGACCCGCGCGUAUGCGCAGCACAUCGCCAAUAUCGUGGAUCCAGACCGUAAGAUUUUCGGAGACAGGAUCCUUAGCCGCGACGAGAGCGGGAGUUUGACUGCCAAGAACCUUCAGCGCCUCUUUCCUGUGGAUACGAAAAUGGUUGUUAUCAUAGAUGACAGGGGGGAUGUGUGGAAGUGGACAGAUAACUUGAUCAAAGUGCUACCUUACGACUUCUUCGUUGGUAUUGGCGAUAUCAACUCUAGUUUCCUCCCGAAGAAACAGGAGUUCAAGGGUUUUCCACGGGGCGCUACCAAGGCGAAACGGGAGGCUGAUUCAAAGGAAGCUGAAGCGGCUGGGACGACUAUCAAUGGGUCCGGCGCAAUGGAUGUAGAUGGGAAGACGGCUACGGAGGUAUCAGCGUUGGAGCAACUGGUUACCAUGGGCGGAGGCGAUAAUCCGGUGUUGCUCCAAGAACAGGCCAACGAACAGGAAGAGGCGAUCGCACAUCAAGUUGAAGAACGACCACUACUACAGAAGCAGAAGCAGCUCGAUGCUGAAGAUGAAGCGGCGGAGCUGAUGGCAGCGGCUGAGAACGGGGAUUCAUCCAGUGAUGAUUCUCACGACUCGUCACGGCACCGCCAUCACCUGCUGGAAGACAACGACACUGAGCUGUAUAAACUUGAAGAGCGGCUCAAAGCUGUUCACAAGGCGUUUUUCGACGAGUAUGAUAGGAGGCGAACUAGCUCGCUUGGAGGGAGAGUAUCGGCACUAAGAGGUGAACGCGUCCCUACAAGAGAUAGAGGAAUAGAUCUCCGUAUCGUACCCGAUAUCAAAGUCAUCAUGCCGCAGAUCAAGAGGCCUGUGCUCAACGCUGUGGUCCUGGUGUUUUCUGGGGUCCUACCUCUUGGUACCGACACGCAGAAUGCCGAUAUCUCACUCUGGGCAAAAAGUUUCGGCGCCGCCAUCUCUACCAAAAUUAGCUCGAGAACUACCCAUCUCGUUGCUGGCAGGAACCGCACGGCAAAAGUCCGCGAAGCAACACGAUAUCCUAACAUUAAGAUCGUAACGGUGCAAUGGCUCCUUGACUCGAUAACGCAGUGGAAACGAAUAGACGAGGAGCCGUACCUCGUCCCCGUGCACCCGGAGGACAGGGGGGAAUUGAUCAGUGGCUCUGAUAACGUCUCGCCAGCCGACGACUCCGCCAAGUCCAAUGGCAGUAUCGAUGAUUACUCGUUUCUCUCCUCGUCGGAAGAGGAUGACAGUAUGGCUGACGAUGACGAUGACGAUGGCGACGGCAAUAGCACCAUUGAGACCGGCAGUGCGUCGAAAUUGCGCCUACGGACCACCAAUAAUGACCUGCGCGAUAUUGAUGAGGAGAUCUUGCAGUCGGCCGGCCUCACGGAGCAUUCCCUCAUCGGCUACGAUGCGGAGCAGCAGGCUGCCGUGCACGAUGAGCUAAGGGCGUUUUUGGGGAGUGAUAAUGAUGAUAGUGAGAGUGAUAGUGAUUUGUCGCUCCAGUCGUCGUCGUCGUCGUUUAGCGCGCAGCAGCAGCAGCAGCAGGGGGGGAAGAAACGGAAACGAGGUCCUGAGAGCGAGGGGAGUGGUGGGGAGUCGAGUGCGGGCGAAGGAGAAGGUGGGGAUGGAGGUGAAAGAACUGCUGCCGCCGCUGCUGCAGGUGCAGGUGCACCGUCAGGGUCAUCGCGCCUAGCGCAGAAGAUCAAAUUGUCCCACGAGAGGAAUACGGGGUUGAAGAACGUGGCGACGAUUCGAUCAAGGGGUUCGUCUGAAGCACCCCCUACAUCUGUGUCUGGUGCUGCUGAUGCUGGUGCUGGUGCUGGUGCUGGUGCGACGCCUCCGCUAUGUAACCACCCGCCAAACGCGGAGGAUGACGACGAUGUUGGCGAUGAGUCUGAUACGACUGAGUAUAAUAAUAAUGAGGAGAACAACGAUGUGGAUCCUGAGGAUGAUGAUGAUGAUGCGUUAGAGAGGGAGAUGUUGGCGGCUUUUGAGGAUGGGGGGUGGGGGGAGGAGGAGGAGGAAGGGGUGGGAGAAGGCGAGGAGGAGGAAACAGUCGGCUCGGGUACCUGAAUUGUGUAUCUAUCACCUAUCAACCUUGAUAUCUAGCUACCAAUCUGUCCAACAAACUUUAUUAGCAUAGCGAGGGCGUUUUUCUUUUGUUAUUUUCCACUCUCCCCCCCCCCCCGGGCCCCCC